GUAAGAAGAUAAAUAAAAUGAACAAUCGGAUUCGUAUAUCAUGCGCGACGGCGCCCCAAAAUCCAGGAAAUGUAGUUUUUUUGCGAAGGAGUUCUCGUCCACGCUCGCCUACGGCGGGGGGCUAAGAGACUACAACUCCCAGGAUGCAGCGCGGACGGUUCCUUCUCCUGGAGAAGAAGCGUGGGGCGAAAUGGAGAGAGAGAAGAACAUGUCUAAGAAGCGAAAGCUGGACAGCAGCGCGCAGGACAGCCUGUACUUCGAGAGCUACGCGGACGUCACCAUCCACGAGGAGAUGCUCGCCGACACGGUGCGCACGGACACGUACCGGCGGGGCAUCUUCCGGGCUGGCGAGCAGAUCCAGGGCAAGGCGGUGCUGGACGUGGGCGCCGGCACCGGCGUGCUGAGCGUCUUCUGCGCGCAGGCCGGCGCCCGGAAGGUGUACGCGGUGGAGGCCAGCUCCAUAGCCGAGCAGGCCGCGCGCGUCGUGCGCCUGAACGGCCUGGCAGAUCGCGUGGAGGUGAUCCGGGGCACGGUGGAGAGCGCGGAGCUGCCCGAGAAGGUGGACGUGAUCGUGAGCGAGUGGAUGGGCUACGCGCUGCUGCACGAGUCCAUGCUGAACUCGGUCAUCUUCGCCCGGGACAGGUGGCUCCGGCCGGGCGGCCUCAUCCUCCCCGAGCGAGCGGAGCUCUUCGUGGCGCCCAUCAACCACCUGGUGGCCGAGGAGAGGCUGAGCUUCUGGAGCAUGGUGAAGGGCCAGUACGGGGUGGACAUGUCGUGUAUGACCGACUUCGCCCGCUCGUGCAUCAUGAACGGGGAGAUCUCGGUGCAGCCGGUCAGCGUGGAGGACGUGCUCUCGCACCCGUGCAGGUUCGGCAUGCUGGAUUUACACACAGUCACGCCGGAGCAGCUGAAGCGCGUGAGCGGGAGCUUCUGCUGCCGGUGCUUCGGCUCCUCCUCGCUCAACGCCUUCUGCGUGUGGUUCGCCGUCACGUUCCCCGGCGAGGACGGCACGCAGCCCCUGGUGCUCUCCACGUCGCCCUUCAAGCCAGAGACCCACUGGAAGCAGGCCGUGCUCUAUCUGGACGAGCCCGUGGACGUUGUGCAGGACACUAGAGUGGAGGGCAGCAUCAGCAUGUUUCCCUCAGAGCAGAGUUCCAGACAUAUAUGCAUCCAUGUGGAGUACACCAUCGGGGAGCACAAGCAGAAAUCAAAGACCUUCUCCAUUCCUGAUUGGGGGCAAGAAAGUCAAUGAGUUCGUGCUUUGGUUUGUUAACUACUAGUUUUUUUUUUCAUAUCUGCCCAGACUGAACGACAUAAAAAUAAAACUUCCAGAAAUUAGUUUGUCUUUAUACGAGCGCUGUUUUAUGGCUAUUCAGUAAGAAAAUAGCAGCAAUAAUAACAACAACAGUGAUGGUAAAGCAUAAACUAUAAAUGCAGGUUUUGCUGUAAAUGUUGGUGCAUUGAUAUUGGAAUUUUGGUGCCGAUAUAAUUUUUUUUUUUUUUAUUUUUAUUUAAUUAUUUUAUUUUUUUUUCAUGCAUGUAUCUGCUGACGUGAUGCGUAGACGCUUUUAAAAUGUUGGAAGUCUGGAUUAGCAUUAUGGAAAAAAUGUAAUUCCUUUAGAGUUAGAAAUGCAGUAAACUAAAUAAAACGCAGGCCAGUUUAAUCUGAACGAAAA